AUGAACUCCUUCAGAGCUCACUUCCAGAAGAAGAAGGUUAUCUUCGUCAUGGGAGCCACCGGAACCGGAAAAUCACGACUCUCCAUCGACAUCGCCACGCAAUUUCCGGCAGAGAUUAUCAACUCGGACAAGAUACAAGUGUACAAGGGGCUAGACAUUGUGACCAACAAGGUCUCUGAGGCGGAGCGAAAGGGUGUGACACACCAUUUGUUGGGAGAGGUCGAGCCUGACUCUGAUUUUACUGCUGGUGACUUCUGUUAUCAGGCACUUUUGGCCAUGGAAUGGAUUGUGAGGUCGGGUCGAGUUCCAAUCAUUGUUGGUGGAUCAAAUUCGUUCAUUGAAGCACUGGUGGAGGACCACUUCUUGUUCAAGUUUAGGGCUAACUAUGAUUGUUGCUUCAUAUGGCUUGACGUUUCCUCACCAGUUUUACACUCUUCUGUGUCUGAAAGGGUUGAUCAGAUGGUCGAUGCAGGACUAGUUGACGAGGUACGAGGGAUAUUUGCAACGGAGGCAGACUACGCCAGAGGCAUCCGCCGGGCUAUCGGGGUGCCGGAAAUGGACAAGUACUUGCGUGCCGACAUAAAAAUAUUGGAUGAGAAAAACAAAGACAUGCUGCUUGGAGCCGCCAUUGAAGAGAUUAAGGCCAAUACCUGUCACUUAGCUUCUCGUCAGCGAGAGAAGAUUAAGCGACUGAGAAACGAGCUCAGGUGGGCGAUUCACCGUAUUGAUGCAACCCGUGUUUUCGAGAAAUGUGGCCAAGAUGUUGAUAAGGCUUGGGAAGAAUUGGUGGUGAAAGAAUGCUUGGAGAUUGUGGGUGACUUCCUUCAUGAUGAUGAUAAAAUUGUUGCAGCUGCUUCUGCAACUAUUACGUCUGCUGCCUCCAUGAAACGGUCUUUUGAAGAGCUGCAAGUUACAGAUUAG